AUGAAGACAGCUCGCCGUGUGUUCAAUCCAGUCUUGGCUAAAAUUAUAGAAAGUGAAACUGCACUUCCAUCAGGAAUCACAUCCACUGGAGCACUCUCAGGAUUUGCUCAACAAGCCGCCAACACUCUCCGUGACAAUCGUAACAGAGAGAAACAGGAAAUUGCGGAUUUAAAUAACCGAUUGGCUAGAUAUAUUGAAAAGGUCCGUUUCCUUGAAGCUCAAAACCGAGUUCUUGAUGCAGACGUUGGACUCUUCCGUCAAGCAGCGUAUAUCCAUUCUGAACGUAUCGCAGUUUACUAUGAGGCUGAAAAAACUUCACUGGUUACACUGUCUCGUGAGCAUGAUCAGAAGACGUCCACACACAAACAAGACAUCAGAAGACUGGAACCUGAGAUUGCUACAGCUAGAAAGAAUUGGGAAUCUUCCGUUGAGCAUCGCAGGAGUCUCAGACUCGAGAAAAGAACUCAAUUGAAACGCCUCUCCGACAUUGAGGCAGAGAAUGCAUUUGUCAAGAGACUUAUUAACGAAUGUGAGGAGGAAAAAACUCACUUGCAAGCUGAAAUCUCUCGCAUUCGAGCAGAAAUCAAGAAGAUUCUCGCGAAGCGUGACAAAGAACGCAGUGGAGUUUCAAGGAAUCAACAGUCUGCUCAAGACCUCCUCAAGAAGCUGAGCGCAUCAAUCAGUUCACAUGAAAUCGCCAUUCGUGAAGAAAUCAGCAAUGCCAGAAGAAAUUCAACGGACAAAAAUCGUGAAUAUUUCCACAGAGAGCUUCAUUUGGCAAUGAAGGAGAUUCGUGACCAAUUUGAAUCCAACGCGAAGUCAUCUCGUAAGACAUGGGAGGAGUGGUACAAGAAGAAGAUUACUCAUAUCAAGGAAGCCGGAAAGAAAUUCGAAACCACUCAAAUUCAAGAAAGAGAAGAAGUGAUCCGAAUUCGCGUGAUUGUCAAUGAAUUACGUACUAAGAUCACUGAUGCAGAUACAAUGAGUUCACAACUUGCCAAGAGAAUCGAAGAAAUGAAACAUCGUGCGGACGAAGAGUUGAGAAUGUUUGAAUACGCUCUGAAUGAAAAGGUGUUCAGUGUGAAUAAAAUGAAGGAGGAAUGCAUGCGAAUGCAAGUUAUGAUUGAGAAGCUCUUAGAAUAUCAAACUAACCUUCGCAAUGAAAUCACUCACUACCGAAAAUUGAUUGAUAAUGCAGAGAAUUUGAGAACAACUUAUCAAAGUAACUUCGUGAUUGAUACUCCAUCUCCAGUAAUGCGCAACACUACAUCAUAUCACUCUAAUGGAUCUGCUUUCACAAUGAAUGUCCAAGAAUCUCAUUACUCUGAACCCUACUUUUCUAGCAUGAGUCAUGCAAGCUAUGACAUUUCUACCACGAACCGUGACAGCUAUGACAUUUCAAAUUUGAGCAGUAUCAAUAGCCAGCAAUUCCGCAGCUAUUCCAGAGGAGACGUUAAACUGAUUGAGCACAAAGAUGAAUCAAUCGUCAUUGAGAACUCGAACAACUACAAAUCCAAAGAUUUGUCGAACUGGAAACUCCAACACUAUGUUGACGGAGCCCUCCGUGGUACCUUCAUCUUCCCAGUUGCCACUCAUAUCCAUCCAUUAGAGAAGAUUUCGAUCCACUCCUUGGCAUCUUCUAACCUUCUUGAUGAUUUGGUUGCAACAGGAAUCUACAGUUUCGAUUUCUCAAAGAAAACAAAAUCCGUUCUUCUUGACGAUGCUGAUGAGGAAGUUGGAUGGUAUGCGCACGUAUCGUACAGUCACUGA